AUGGAAUUACAAUCAAAAAUAGUUUAUAAGGAAAUAGAAACUGAUAAUUCGGAUUUAUAUAACUAUGAUCAAAAAUGUGAUAUAAAAUUAUUUCGUACAGGAAAUGAACACAUUAAAAAAAUCUGUAAAAAGUUUCUAAGAUUCAUAGAAAAAUCUUCACUAUGGAAUAUUCAGGAUAGCAGUUACGAUGUAUGCUUGCAAGUAAAUUAUUGGUUAUACGAUAAAUUAGCCAGUAUUCUUGGUUCUAGUAACACUGAUAAUAUUGAAAUUACUUUCGGUAGUUUUCAGUUAGUUGGAAAAUAUAAUAUGAAUACGAGAGCAAGAAUAACUUAUAAUGAAAGAUGUAAGCCUGACUUCGAAAUUUUUGAGGAAGAUAAUUGGGAUAAAAGAAAGGAAUUGUACGAGCAUUAUAUUAAUUAUGAUAUCCUUUUUAGUAUGGCUCAGGGAUAUUCUCCAAUAUGCGAAGAAUAUUAUGGGAAAAUUCAAGAAAUGAUUUCAGUAUAUAAAUUCUUUGAGGAAAAAUGUAAUCAAGAUGGAUACAAAUGUCCAGACGUCUUCAAUAAAUGCAAAGAAAAAAAUAUUGUGUCUGCGCUAGAAAAAUUACCAUGCCAUGAGACAAUGAAAGCUAAAAGUGUUCCCACUUCAGAGGAUGGUUCUUCGCAUCAUCCGCCACGCCCCGCAGAAGGAUCUCUAGUUCAUGCAGGUGGUCCUACAGCCGAAUCUAAUACCCAGUUAGAAAGUGAAGAUUCCGGAAUUGGAAAAAAAGUUACUCACACAGUUCUUGGUGCAGCUCCAGUUUUAUUAACUGCUACUGCAUUAUAUAGAUACACACCCUUUGGUUCCUGGAUUCGCAAGCUCCGUGGAGGAAGCACAAAUAGUAUGAAUUCCAUGGAGGGGUUUUCACCUUAUACACAAGAAUCCGGGGAUAUGUUUUCUGACGAUUCAGCAAACUUUAUAUCGUAUCAACCUAUAUAA